GGUGAAUCACAUUUCUUGUGGGAAAAAGAAGGUGGGGUUUGGCUCUUUGUUCUAGAGCCUGGAGAGCUGGUCAAACAGGAAGAGCUGAUUUCAAAUUGCAGUUGUACUACUGGAGGAGGAGGGUUGAUGUUGAGAGGCAGGCAGUGCCUAGAAGACGCAUAAAAUAGGUGGAUGGUCAAGAAGUGCCAAGGCUGCUGCAGUUGCGGCAAGGCCUGCUCCCAGAGACUAGGCGAGGACACGGAGAACUCGGAUAUGUUCUGAAGCUUUGAUGGCCUGAUCCCAAACUGCAAAGAUGUGUUGGCUGGAUGCCCUUGAUUCCAGCAGUGCCCAGAAGCUCUUGAUGAAAACAGGGCUCAUCCUGAUAGUCAUUGGUCACCUGAACUUCAUCACUGGAGCUCUGGUUCAUGGGACAGUCCUGCGCCAUAUUGCAAACCCUCAGGAUGCCAUUUCAUGGCAGUAUGCCGUUUCCAACAUUGUUUCGGUGAUCUCUGCCGUCUUGACUAUCUCCUGUGGAAUAGCAGCAAUUGUGCUCUCCAGAUAUGUAUCCCAGAAACUGCUGAGAUGGGCGGUUUUCUCCUUCAGCAUCAGCAGCGCUCUCCUCUCGCUGCUCUGCUCGAUGGGGCUGGUGGUUGCCAUUGUCCUCACGUUUGCCAACAACGGGCGUGCUCUCCUGGCUCUGUGCACCUUUGGUGACGUGGACCUCAUCCAGAUCACACACGAGUGCCCCUUCGACCCUACCCGGGUCUAUAGCUCUGCACUGGCCCUAUGGGGUCUCUCCUUCCUCCUGGAUUCCGUGGAGAUCAUCUUCAGCAUUCGGUGCUUUCUGAUCACUCUCACACUCCUGAAUCUGAGGCUGUGUCACAGGCGGACGCGCAAGAAAAAGGUCUCACUGCAGUUCGUCAUGGCCGAGAGCAGAGAAGUCUGUGAGGGCCAUGAUCUCCUGAGGUUGGACCACUUGGAGACGGCACGGCUCUAGAGGCCAAUUGUUGUCACCCAGAUUGCGACUGCUCUUGUGGAACCACCAUAGACUCUCCCAUGACACCAUCCAGGGUCUUUCUCUGCUUCAUUCCAGUAAACAUGUCAGCAAACCGUUGUGCCUGCUCUGCUCUCAGCUGCCUAAAGCUGAGCAACUGAUUGCAGGAAAGAGAGGACAAUGGCCUCCCCCAAACCUUUUAUUGCUAUGCCUGUGCUGAAAAAUCAGUCCUGAGCUCGCCUCUUCUCCAGAACAAAGGGAACAGCUGUGCUCAACUGGCUGCCAUGAGCAACCGCAAAAACUCUAUGGGCCGCUGCGCUGAGAUAAAAAACCCUUGCGAUGUGACGGUAUUAGAAGCAAAGCCUGCCAUGGGUGGGCUGAUCUACGACUUGUACCAAUCGGUGGUGUGCUUUUCUCCAGAGCGGAGGGGGUGACGAUUCUCUCAGCCGUUUCCGGGUAGAAAAGUUGCCACAAGGUGACUGUAGCUAUCUGGUUAGCAAACAACCCUCUUUGAGGAAUAAAGUGGAAAGGACUCAUUAAUCAACAAAUGCUUUUUUUGACUAAUCGGGGGGGGCAACUUUUGACUGGAGGGACUGUCUUUUUUGAGGGAAGUUUGGUUGAGGAACCAUUAAUUGAAAAGGCAUGGAAAAUGAGCCUGCGGAAGGCUACAUUUCCUUCUAAUAAGGAGCAGUAGCAUUGUGAAAUAGUAAAUUAAACGGAUAUUGCCACAGAUAUGUCAAUACACAGGGCCAUCUGUAUUAAAUUUAACAAACAAUUGACUGGUUAAGAGGCAGCUGAUCAAUAAACCAAAAAUGUUGUAAAUCGGCCUUCGCCAGCCUGGUGCCUUCCAGAUGUUUUGGAUUGCA